AUGAAGACGAAGACACCCUCAGAACCGUCUGUACUUAAGUGGUCAUUGAAGUCAGCGGACCAUAAUGCGACCAGAGUGCGCAACAACCAACGCAGGCAUCGUGCGCGUGCCAAGGGCCACGUCUUGGAUCUCGAGAAGCGCCUUGAAGAGACCAGUGCCAGGCUGGAGGCUGCAAUGCAGACCAUCAGUCAUCUAACGAAAGAGGUCGAGAUUCUACGGGGCAGCGUCACGCCUUCUGCGGCAUUGCCUCAGCUCCCGUCCAGCACAGCGAGUCUUCCAGGCGUACCACAUGUUGAAGCACGACCCACGGAGUCAACAUCGUGCCAAGGUGCAGGGUGCCGAGGUGCACCUCGUCAGCAGUCACCUACACCGGGACCUCUGGAAGUUUCAGAACAGACAUUAGCACAUCCAACAGAGGAGGCUGGCGACAACGCGGACUGCUGCUGCGACGGCCUUCCACCCCCAGCUCCUGGCGAGUCCACCUUGCCCUGCAGCUCUGCCUUUCGGAUCAUAGAGCAGCAAAACUUCAGUGGCGUCGAGGUGACCACCAUCAGGUCUUGGCUUGGGCCAGGUUUCAGAGGGGCGCCAAGGCCGGGCGAGGCGUGUCGGGUCGAGACGGGCCGGGUUUAUGAAUUGCUUGAUCAUAUCACGUCGUCUUGA